AUGCCGCCCCGGUUACAGGCCACGCGCCUCGCACUAUCGCUGCUCUCGAUAUCGCCCCGGACCACGGCUGCUGCCUCCAUCGCCCCGUUCCUCGUGCCGGCCCAGCAACGAUGCGCAUCCAUUCUCUCGUCGCUGUCAGACAACAAGGGCGCCUAUAACAAGAAGAUCCGCCGCGGCCGUGGCCCGGCGUCAGGCAAGGGAAAGACGGGUGGCAGAGGCCAAAAGGGUCAGCAUGCGCACGGAAAGGUGCCGGCAGGCUUCGAGGGAGGACAGACGCCGCAGUCCAUCACGAACCCGGAGAGGGGGAGGGGAAAGUACAAUCCCUUCAAGGUGGAAAUGUCGCCCAUCAACCUCGACCGCAUACAGUCGUGGAUCGACCAGGGCCGCCUGGAUCCCUCCAAGCCCAUCACAAUCAAGGACUUGCACAGGUCACGCUGUCUGCACGGCGUCAAGCGUCACGGCGUGAAGCUGCUGGCACGAAACCCCGAGCAAUUGACCUCAGCCAUCCACAUUGUUGUUUCCCGCGCCUCCGCCGAAGCCAUCGAACGCAUCGAGGCUCUCGGCGGCUCCGUGACCACGCGCUUCUACUCCCCCACAUCCAUCAAGCGCGUGCUGCGCGGCGACUCCCACCCCACCAUAUCCAUUCAGUCCUCCUCCGACCUCAUCAGCCUCGCCUCCGCGUCGACUCCCCAACUCCUCACCUCACCCAUCCUCUCGUCCCUCCAGUCCGCCACCGCAAGCGAUGCCGCGAAGAAGGAAGCCAUGGCCGCUCUGCUGAAGAAGCUCGGCGAAAAGUACAAGUACAGAUUGCCCGACGCCACGGCGAGAAAGGACAUUGAGUACUACCGCGACCCGGCGCACAGAGGAUAUCUGAGCUACACCGUCAAGCAGGGAGAGAGCCCGAGUCUGUUCUUCAAGCCCCCGGGUGAGGCCAAGGACAGGAAGAAGCAGAGUGCGAGAAGAGAUGCCGCCAAGGCCAGUGCGGACAACAAGCUGUUCUAG